AUGUCCAACCCGAAAGUGAUUGAUAAGCAACUGAACGGAGUCUUGGAGUUUGGUGAUGGCCAGGUCCGUCUUCGCACGAUGUGUGAGAGCCUGUACCAACUCGUCUUUGAGGUCAACGCUGAGUUUGGAGAGUUAGGUUUCCAUGCCAGCGAUAUCGUCAGAAACUUUGUCUUGGAACGCAUGAAAUUGUUCUGCAAGGCUGGCCACGGUUUGGGGCACCAUGGUAGAGAGCAAACGCAAACGAAAGUGAAGGAAGGCUCUGAUUACCAAUUGAUCGAUGUCGGUGGUGGUGAUGGCGAUGGCAGUGGUGAUGGCAAUGCAGUGGCGAUGGUGGUUUGUGGGGGAGGUAGUGGUGGAGGAGGUGGGGGUGGUAGUGGUGGUGGCGAUGGGAGUGAGGUGGUGGAGGAGGUGGGGGUUGAUAGUGGAGGUGGUAGUGGUAGAGGUGGGGGUAAGGGGGGUGGUGGUGGUGGUGCAGGUGGCGGCGGUGGUGACGGUGGUGAUAGUAAGGUGAUGCAGAAUGCAUAUUAUUAG